CCCCCCUACCCCCCCUUCAGCCCCACAACAGGGGGUUUAGCUUCCGACGAUGUGGCCGCCGGAGCGCCCGGGCUCGGGACGUCGCUCUCCGGGGCUCCUGGUGCUGGUUUCCACCGUCCUGUGCGCCGUCGGAGACUGCCUUUUUGUGACUGAAUACUUCACCCGCACGCCUCGUAAGCUGAACGCUUUCAACUCCUUCGCCAGUGUGGAACUGUUCCACUUCAAUGUGCCUGAUGACACCAUGAUGGCUGUUUGGAACCUCAUCACCUUCAAGGAGCAGGGCGGCACGUUCGGCGACAGCUGUCCAAACCGCAACGUGACAGUGUACUUCAGGUCUGGAGCCCCUCCUGUAAUCAACCCCCUGUACACCGGCUUCCCUCGGGAUACGGUCGUUCCGGGGUCGUUUGCCGUGACUCUCACCUGGACUCUUCCAAACCGCACAACCGGAGCAUUCAACGUCACCAGCCCCGUCCCUGGGGACUGGUUCCUGGCCGCACAUUUACCUAAGGAUGAAGGCAAGAUCUCAGUCAAGGGUCUGUCCGAGGAAUGCCAAUAUCUGUUCCAGCCACAGCUCAUCGUCCAGAGGCUGAUUGGAAUUUCCGUGCUCUAUCCCGGAUACUUCAUUGACCAAAUUAUCCCUGUCCACAACAGAUCUGCACUGUACAAGGUCUUUAUCCCCAAUUAUAUAUCAAAGGUGAAGGUGCAGCUGGUAAAUUGCAGCACCAAGAACAAAAGUAGCGACGCUUGUCCCGUGGUGCUGAAGAUAAGAGCCCGGGCGCCACCUGUGCAUAACUCAAGUGCCCUCGACUGCAGGGAGUGGAACCCGUGUGAAUUAGUCACCCUCGCACCAGCCUGGGAGCACUGGUACUACAUUCUUGUGGAGAGGUAUCUAAGUAACUCUGAUGUCUACUUUCGCAUCGGGGUUCAAAUCACAGAUUGCUCCAGGUCCGGUUCGUCGAAGGAGCAAGCGCAACCCGGCUCCUCCAUGAACAUGCCUCAGUCUUUUGGAACGGCCAUGGGUUUCUCCCUGCCUGAGACGUUGCUGAUGGCGGCCCUGCCCGGCCUGUCUCAGAACGCCAGUGGCCUCCGCGCCUCGGAGGACAGCGUGGUUUACGUGGCCCCCACAGCGGACGCCAACAAGUGCUGGCCCAUCCGCCCCACCCUGCGCAACGAGCUGGACACUUUCUCCGUGCACUUCUACGUCUUCUUCGGCCCAAAUAUAUCCAUCCCGCCGGACAGAGCCGCUGUCUUCACCAUUAACCUGAUGCCCGUUUUAGACAGUGGAGGAGUCCUCAACAUGGAGCUCAAACUGAAUAUGUCCACGCUGAAAGGAGCUAAUCUCACUGUGUUUGGCUGCCUGAACCACGGAACGCCUGUUUUCUUGCGUGAAAACUCAUCAUGGAAAUGUGAAUCAGAAUCUGAGACUGGGUUUUUCCUCUCCGUGAACGUGUCUGCAAAUAUCACCAAACUGAGGAUUCCCUUCCCACAGACAGGAACAUGGUACCUCAGUCUCCGCUCCCUAUGUGGCACUGAACAUGGGUUUGAGGAGUGCACCAACGUGACCGCAGAGGUGUAUAUGCGAUCCUAUCUCACUCCGUGCAUCAAUGACUGUGGGACGUACGGGCAGUGCAAGCUUCUGCGCACCAACAACUACCUUUACGCCGCGUGUGAAUGCAAAGCAGGAUGGAAUGGCUGGGGAUGCACCGACAACUCAGAGGCCUACUCCUACAGUUUCCAGCUCCUCUCCACUCUCCUGCUCUGUCUCAGUAAUUUGAUGUUUGUUCCGCCGGUGGCCAUCGCCAUCCGGAGUCACUACCUACUGGAGGCUUCAGUCUACAUCUUCACCAUGUUCUUCUCCACGUUCUACCACGCAUGCGACCAGCCGGGUAUUGUGGUCUUUUGCAUCAUGGAGUAUGACGUCCUGCAGUUCUGCGACUUCCUCGGGUCUCUCAUGUCGGUGUGGGUCACCGUCAUCGCUAUGGCCAGACUAAAGUCCAUCAUCAAACAGGUGCUGUAUCUGCUGGGGGCGAUGUCUCUGUCCAUGGCUUUGCAACUGGACCGUCACGGUCUGUGGAACCUGCUGGGACCCAGCCUGUUCGCUCUAGGCAUCAUGGCUGUAGCAUGGACGGUGCGCACCAUCCGCCGCAGACGCUGCUACCCGCCUACCUGGAAGCGCUGGGCGUUCUUCCUCUUCCCGGGCACCAUGAUCGCCACCUCGGCCGUGGCGCUGUACGCCUUCGUGGAGACGGAGGAGAACUACUUUUACAUCCACAGCAUCUGGCACAUGCUGAUCGCCGGGAGCGUGGGCUUCCUGCUGCCGCCCCGCGCCAAGCCCGACGCCAAAGUCACCCCGCUCAAGCGCAAGCGGGGCUGCGGCUACCAGCUCUGCGUGAACGAGCACGAGGAGCUGGGCCUGGUGGACCCGGCCAUCAUCUCCAUCAACAGCAUCUGCACCAGCUGAUAAGGUUUUACCUUAGAGACACUCCAUUGCCUUUCUUUCACUUGGAAAAAUUCACACAUGGGAAGUUAAGCCACAGAACUUGGACAAAAAAAAAGAAGAAGAAAAGUCAAACACAACCAAUGUAAAUACUUAAAAAAAAACCCCUGAUAUGACACACUGGAAUUUCUUUUACUGUGUUGUACUGGUCAUGGUAAUUACAGUAAGUAUGUAAUUAUUAUUAUAUAUAGUUAAAGUUGAUGACUUGUGAGUGUACCAUGACACACUGUUGUUUGUGAAUAUGUAUUUAAAGUCAAAGCUGAAACACUGCUGCUAUCUGACGGUGACUGUAAAACUGCUUCUGUUGGUUAUUUAUUGUUGGUCUUGUAAGCAGGCCAGUUACUUUAUCGUAAGGACACGGGGAAAAGGGGGGGGGGGGGGGCACGGUGAGACAUUUAUCAAGGGCACGGCUUUUCUGAGGUUCUUUUGAGAUAUAUCCUUUUGCACAGAGACACAAAAAUGUUAUUCUGUACAUUUUUAUAACGGUAUAAACAACAGUGGGCAUCACAUAUGUAAAAAACCUAGUUGUCAUGUGGAAUGUUAGACUGUCUUUGCAACUGCAAUGUACCACUUUUACACGAAUGUGCUCUUUUUUUUUGGUGGUUUGGAAGCAAUUCCAAAGUUCUGGAGAGAAGAGGGGGAGGCAGGGAUUCUUCAGAGACCUAAAACUAAGACCUCACCUCCCUGUUCUUCUCUGGCAGGAUCUGUAUGACUCUGCAUUCAUGAACAAUAAAUGUUUUCUUUCUUUGCCUCAGUAUCACUUUGCUGCAUUGGAAGCUUUUAAAUGUCGCGCAACUGGUGAAAUCUUUUCACAAAGACAUCAUAUUGCAAUUCCUGGCCCUAAUGGAAGCUAGUGGUUCUCAGACAGUGAGAUGAGACGCUGUCAACAGCAUCCUCCCAGGAAUAGAGCAAGAGAUAAAUAAUUCUCCUACACAGCAGCCGCAUGAAGGCAGCUUCAGAGCAC